AUGACUGCUCUUCGGAACCCGAAAGGAACAACCAUUGCAUCGAGAAGGGGAAUGGAGAAAUUCAUCUACGACUUCUAUUCUGAUCUCUUCGACAGCCAUGUCCUCCACUUACCUUCUCACCAUCUGAGGGAAGACGGACAAGUCAUUCCAGAGGUUCUCCCGUCCGAAAUACGACAUGCUGUCAUGUCGGUAAGAAGUCGUACGGUACUCAGUUCCGACAGAACAAUUCCAGAACACCUGAAGAAUCUUUCCAGUACUCAACAACACUCUGGCGACGCUCUUUACUCGUUACCUGUCAGAAUGCAAGGUUCCUAA